CUCUCUCUAAUGCUAGUGGCUCUCCUUCUCAACUCUCCCUUUGGUUUGCCACUAGUCCCCCAUUUUUUUCCCUUUCUCUCUAAUGCUAGUGGUUCUCUCAUUGCUCUCUUUUCUAUCCUCCACCAAGUCCUUUUUUUGAGCUUAAACGUCUUUGAUGGUCUGAAUACAUGUUAACAGCUAAACAAGAGUAAAAGUUUCUUUUUUGUUUAGUAUAUGGAGAGAUGGACAAAGAAACAAACCAAGAAAACCCAUCUCUCCUCUCAAAUAAUAACAUCACCAAAGAAGACUGUUCCCCUAAAAAACAUCCUGGGAACACUGCUGUCAUUGGUGGUGGUGUCGGCGGCGGAGGAGGCGGCAACGAUAGGCUAAAACGUGAUGAAUGGAGUGAAGGAGCUGUUUCAAGCUUACUUGAGGCUUACGAAAACAAAUGGGUUCUUAGAAAUAGAGCCAAACUUAAGGGUCAUGACUGGGAAGAUGUUGCACGUUAUGUUUCAGCUCGUGCUAAUUGUACCAAGUCGCCAAAGACUCAAACUCAGUGCAAAAACAAGAUUGAGUCAAUGAAGAAAAGGUAUCGAUCAGAGUCUGCUACUGCUGAUGGAUCAUCUUGGCCUUUGUAUCCACGGCUUGACCUUUUACUACGUGGCAGUGCACCUCCUCCUCCACCACCACAGCUGCACCCAUUAACCGUGCCUCAACCACCUGCUUCACUUCCCACUAACCCUCCUUUGACUUUACCAGAGCCGUCCAUGGUGGUGAUGCUGCAGCAACAACAACCACCACCACCACCUUUGGCUUCUCAGGUUCCUGGAACUGCACAAAAUUCACAUGGUUCCAAUGGUGUUGAUAGGAUUCUCAAGGAGGAUGGAGCAGGAACAAAACUAUCCGACCAUUUAUCGGACAAGAUUGCUAUGGAGACGGAUAGUAGCACACCAGCUCUUUACAGUGACAAGCAAAAACUUGGAUCGAAGAAAUUGAAGAUGAAAAUGGAGAAGAAGAAGAGAAGAAAAAAGGAGGAAUGGGAAAUAGGUGAGAGCAUUCGAUGGCUAGCAGAAGUAGUUUUAAAGUCAGAACAAGCAAGGAUGGAAACAAUGAGGGAAAUUGAAAAAAUGAGAGCUGAAGCUGAAGCAAAAAGAGGAGAAAUGGACCUGAAAAGAGCUGAGAUCAUUGCCAACACACAAUUGGAAAUUGCUAGGCUCUUUGCAGGGUCAAGUAAAGGAGUUGAUUCUUCAUUAAGGAUUGGAAGAAAUUGAUGAUAACGAUGAUUAGUGAAAAUCUAAUUAAUUAUAUUUAUGUAUGUAUAGAUUUUGUGUAUUGACAAUGAACAAGGGGAGAUGAAAAAUUAAGGGUUGAAGAGGGAAGAAUGAUAUUUAACUUGUAAUAGGCUAAUUAAUUAAUUAGAUAAAGAAAAUGGGGUAGGUAAACAGAAAUUUCUACCUCAUUUAAUAGCUUCCCUCUUAGAGAAAGGUUUAGUAUUUCUGAAAAAAGAAUUAACCUGCGUCAUAUUAAAUUGAUAUAUAUAUAGUUCAAGAAUUUAUUAAGCAAAUUAAUUAAUGGUUCAUUUGGUAAUAUGAUGGGAAAAACUUUGUGAUGUUAUUUUAUGAUUGAAGUCUUAAAAGUUAAUCAUAAAGUGCAAUUGUGGCAUAGAUAAAGUCCCUCCUAUCACUACAAGGGUUUUGGUCUUUAGUAGCAUUUUCUUUUCUAAGAUUUAGCGGUGUUUAUAAAUGCCAUUAAAAUAUUUAUGGCAUUUGACAAAAACGUCACUA